AUUCCAUCCUCCUUUCCUUCAAUAAAGAGGAAGGAACCAGUGUGAGGUCAUGUAGCAAACUAUAAGAAGAAGUUGGUCAGAAAAUUAACACGCCAUCAACCGCUACUCUUUUUUCUUACAGCCUUUGUACGUUUCUCAAUAAUUUUCUAUUUUUCUGUGUGACGGUGAAGAGGUGUGAUCUAAACAGUCUGUCAUAUAGGAAGUUGAGGGGUUUGUCAGAAGAACUGUAGUUGUAGAGAAGGUCACUUGUCAGUGGGACAGAAUGGAGAACACAUUGCUCUGUGUGCUGCUCUUGCUGAGUAUCCUCAUCUACUGUGGACACUGUGAUGAAGAUGAUGUUCAGCCCAGAGCCACAUUGAGAAUCACUCCUCAGGGUCUCCUCUACUCUGGAGAUACUGUCACUCUGCAGUGUGACAUACCAGACUACACAGACUGGACGUACUACUGGUCCAGAAACAACCAACCAGGUUCCAGUACACAUGGUAAAAUCAUCAUCUCUCUCCCCGACCAGGCUGGUCAGUACCAGUGUUGGGGGACCAGGAAAGAUCAGCCCCAGAAGUCUCAACUCAGCAGAGCCCUCUCUAUCCAGUUUAUUGCUCUGCCCACGGCCUCAGUGAGUAUCUCUCCUCAGGGUCUCCUUCACUCUGGAGAGACAGUCAGUCUGCAGUGUGACAUAUCAAUGUACACAGACUGGAUGUACAGCUGGUAUAUAGGAAACAACAUCCAUUCCAGUAUGCCUGGUAAAACCAUCACCACUCUGUCUAACCAGGCUGGUCAGUACAGAUGUGCUGGGGUAAGGACAGGUCGGCCUCAGUGGUCUCAAGUCAGUGUUUUCCUCCCCAUCAGAGUCACUGAUUAUCAGCCGUCGACAUCACUGACUUCAGACAAAGAGAACGUAUUCACAGGAGACAGAGUGACACUGAGCUGUACUGUAGAGUCUCCUGGAUGGAAGUUUUACUGGUGCCUGACACAGACUAGACUCUACACCAGUAACCACAACCUCUGGAUACUCCUACACACUCAGCUGGGUCAGUGUCUCUGAUGGAGGACAGUACUGGUGCAGAGCUGGGAGAGGAGACCCAGUCUACUACACCCUGUACAGUGACCCAGUCCAGAUAAACAUUAC